UAGAUUUGUGCUUCGCUCAGUACGGUUGGAAGGCGUGCGGGCGUCUGUCUGUCUCUUAAUAUCAACGGCAAACAACAAAAACGACUAACAGAGUAUCGCAAGCAGCAACUGCAACAUCGACGAAAGUAAAUGAGAACAAGAACUUUAGUUUGACUUGAACGGAUUCGUUUUCCAUUCUGCUUGGAGUAUUGUGGCCGUGCAGUUCGAUAUUAUAUUGAUGACAACUUUAUAAAAACAAGACUAAAAUAAUUAUUUGCAAUAUAAUAAUAAUUAUUCGCGGUGUACAAAAAUCAAAGUAUAUGUGAAUAUGCCUGAGGAAUGGCAACAUUUUGUUAACUGUUGCGGGCGACGAGUUUAAUUGUUUGUUUUGAUCGUAAAAUCAAAUUUUAUGGCCAGCAAACAUAAAAAGCAAAAAAAAAAAAAACAGCAGCGGCAGCAACAACAGCAGCGACGAAAAUAAUAAUAAUAAAAAUCUACAACAACAGCAACAAUAACUCGCUCUCACGCACUGAAAAUUUCACGCGCCAUUUGUGCCGGCAUUAAACUAUAAAUAUAAUAAUAACAAAUAUUAAAAAUUACAAAUGAAAAAUAAAUGCAAUAAAAUAGUGCAAGUUCUCAAAACUGAAAUCAUCUGAUUUUUUGAACAUCUGAAACACCGUAAUCACCCUGUGCUCGUGUCUCUUUGACUGACUGUUGAUCAAAAGCAUUGGCCCCAUCAACUACAUCGAACAAACUGUGGGUGGCAUUUAAUUCGCGCUCUCUUCGUCCCAUUCUUCAACCUCUUCGACAACGGACAGUGCUCUCUGUCGCUCUCUCUCACCCUCGAACGAGCUCUGUACGUGUGUGCGUGCAUGUGUGAGUGCCAGUCAGCUUGUAUACGUGCGUGCGUGUUUACGUACGUGUGUGUGUGUGCGUGAGCUAACCAUCGACUGGUUGAAUAAUAAAAAAAAUAAAAAUAAAAAAAAACGUUUUCAUAUGACUGCAAAUAAAAAUCAAACUAAAGCGCAGCAGCAAACGGCAGUAAACAUUGCAAUAUAAUUGACUCGAAUUAAGUGCAAUUAACAUUAAUCAGUUGACUGCAACUGAGUGAGCACAAAAAAAAGGAACCGGAGAAGGAGAAGGAGAAAGUUAAAAGGAGCCAACUGGGAUUGUGGACUUGGACCGCUUCCCUGCUUGGUGUGUGCUCUCCUCAGAGUGCACAAGUGUGUGUUGGAGUUGGUGUGUGUGUGUGUGUGGCGCGCAGUGUGCCUUUCGUUCCCGCCGUUUGACUGAAAGACAUUCAAAAUAACCGUAAAUAUUCCACCCCUUCCCCAAACCCCAACCAUCCCGCUGGCGUGCGCUCUCUACGACCCCCACGAUGUCUCGGCAGUCGGGUCGCACGCCGCUGCCGGGGCUUGGUGGGGGCCACAUCACACACAUCCCCAUCCCCAUCCCCAUCCCCACCCACACCCCCACCCACAUCCCACCUCGACGAGCAGUGCGGCGGCGGCGGCUCUGCAGCAACACCACCAGCAGCAGCAGCAACAGCAACAGCAGCUGCAACAACAGCAGCAACAGCAACAACAAAUGCAGCAACAGUCCGCUCAGCAACUGCAACAACAGUCCGCUCAGCAACUGCAACAACAGUCCGCGCAGCAUCUGCAGCAACUGCAUCAUCAUCCGCACCACCAUCACCACCUGCCUCAGCCUCAGCCACUGCAUCAUCACCUGCAACCCACGGUCGUCUCAUCCGCCUCAGUUGCGUUGUCCACGCCAACAUCGGUGUUGCAGCAGCAGCAACAGCAACAGCAACAACAGCAGCAGCAGCAACAGACGACGCCCACAACACAUUCCACACCCACACAUGCGGUCAUGUAUGAGGAUCCCCCACCUGUGCCAAUUGUGCCCGUGCAGCAGCAACAGACGUCACUCCAGCAUCUGCCCCCGCCACAGCAGCAGCAGCAGCAACAACAACAACAGCAGCAGCAGCAACAACAACAGCUGGCAACAGCGCCAGUUGGCGGAGCCCUUAGUCCCGCACAGACUCCAACUGGACCCGCCACACAGCAGCCCCAGCAUCUCACGUCCCCUCAUCAUCAGCAGCAGCAACAGCAGCAGCAACAGACGCCCAACAGCGUCUCGAGUGGCGCCUCCUCAAAUCUCCAACAACAGCAGCAACAAAAUUCGGUGGUCUCGUCUGGCCAAAGUCAAAUUGUGGCGCCGACAACGGCGAGUGUUUCUCCCUCCAGUGUCAGUUCUCAGCAAGCAGACAUGUCCAUCUCAUUAGCGCCAAUACAUAUACCCGCGAUCAGGCCCGGCUUCGAGGCGGAUGCCACGACGCCAGUUAAGCGACAUGCGCAUCCGUGGCCAUAUGAAAACGAGUUCAACCAGUACCAUGCCUCGCCAUACUAUCUCGACCGGGAUCGCAAGCCCAUGUUCUACGGCUACCCAGAGACCCAGUUUCAGCCAGCAUAUUGGCCCAACUACCGUGAUCAGCCGAGCUCAGCAGCAGCGGCGGCCUACAUGAGCGCCACCGACGAGCGCCAUGCAUCAGUCAGCGCAGCAGCAGCGGCGCGACAAUCGGUGGAGGGCACCUCGCAGUCCAGUUAUGAGACGCCCACCUACUCCUCCCCAGGCGGACUGCGCGCCUUCCCCGAGCCCUACUCGAGCACAGGAACUUCAGGAGGUCUGUCGGUUGGUGCCGUAGGACCGAUGACACCGACGAAUGCGAUGCACGAAUGGACCGGACAGGUGUCGGUGCGAAAAAAGCGCAAGCCGUAUUCCAAGUUCCAGACCCUUGAGCUGGAGAAGGAGUUUCUAUUUAAUGCGUAUGUGUCCAAACAGAAGCGCUGGGAGUUGGCCCGCAAUCUGCAGUUGACAGAGCGUCAGGUUAAGAUCUGGUUUCAAAAUCGUCGCAUGAAGAACAAGAAGAACUCACAGCGACAGGCCACACAGCAGAACAACAACAACAACUCCAGCAGCAAUCACAACCACGCCCAGGCGGCACAGCAGCAUCACAACAACCAUCACCUGAACUUGGGUCUUAGCAUGGGUCAUCAUGCCACUAAAAUGCACCAGUGACCUUUGGACAACAGCAGCGCCGGCGCCAUGGGCUUUGCUACCUACUAGCAGUUAGCCAACCCCAAUCCCAAUUCCAAUGCGAAUCCCAAUCCCAAUCCAAAUCAGAAUUCAAUAAAAAACGAAAUGAUUAUGGACUUUCCAUGCUAGUUGCGAGAUCGAUCAAUUGAGUACGGACAGAGUACAAAAUCCAGAUGUGUACUAUAUGUUAUAACGCAGCGGAUUAGUUGGGAGAUUGGGAAUUCGAUAUGGAAGUGGAUGGGGAUGGAAAAAAAACUAAAGGAAAUUGCGUUGGCGUCGCUGUUUUCAAAGCUAAAUUCGUUGGCAGAUCAUGCCGAACAAGGGGAGUUGAAGUCUACGUUUAAUGAAAUGCAGUUAAUUAAUAAGUCAGUUCUUAAAAUAUCUAUAAACAAUUACAAAUGUAAAUCGCCCAGUUAAAUUGAUGCUUGGCAAAUGACAAAUGGCAUAAGGCAAAUGAUCAGAGAAUCCCAAAAUUACAAAAUGAGAAAAGAUGAGAAAAUAAAUAAGAAAAUUGAAAAUAUGAAUGAAAUGAGACGCAGAAUGAAUAUAGUAUAUGUAUGUAUUUGUAUUUGUAUUUCUCUCAACGCUCUAAUAAUUAAAUACGCAUUAAUUAAUAAUAACAAUUUCAACUAUGAAUAAUAUAUGCAUAUACAAAAUACAUUGUACUACCCCUAAUAAUAAUAACAAUACAACAACAACAACAACAACAGCAACAACAAUUCGAGUAGUAGAUUCUAAUUGUAAGUGCAGUUCGUACAUCAAAUGCAAUUGUAGGCCACAACAGACAACAACAAAUUGUUUAACAAUUUCCACACACAGACACACACACACUCAAACACUUAUACACUUAACACAGAGACACAGCGCCGCACUUUUAGCAUAAAUUUUGUCAAAUAUUGUUCGUUGUGUCGUGUUCUUAGAUAAAUUUUAAGUUCCUGUAUAUAAACUAAGACGUAAAAUCGAAAAAAGAAGAGAAAAACGUAAUUAAACACAAUUAGCGAAACCGUCUGAAACUUAUUUUGGUUUUGUGAACAUAAACAAAAUUAAUAUAAUCGAAAUCGAAAAACUAAAUACUAAAAAGAAAGAAAAAACAAAUCGAAUAACAUAUGAGAAUACAAAAAUUAGAAAUGCGAAAUGUCAAAUUCGAUCUUAUAAAUUGUAAGUUUUUUGAUGUGUGUGCAUGUUUACUCCAUAGUUAAAGGCGCUUUCGAUCUAAACAAAAAAAAACAAAAACAAAAAUUGAAACAUAAAUAAUUAAUGAAUAAUUAUGAAUAAUUGCACGUAAAUUAAAACUAAAGGGAACGCUAAAGAAAAAUGGGGAAUACAU